AUGGCUUCCACGCGCAUUCAGGUCAUGUCCGAUCUCCACCUGGAGUCUCCUGCCGCUUAUGAUGUGUUCAAGAUCAGCCCGAAGGCCCCCUUUCUCGCACUACUAGGCGACAUCGGCUACGUCCAAGAUGACGGGUUCUUCCCUUUCCUUCGCAACCAGCUGGCCAGCUUCAAAAUCGUGUUUCUCGUCCUCGGCAACCACGAGCCCUACCACAGUAGCUGGGUCGAAGCAAAAGCAAACGUGAAGCGUUUCGAAGCCGAAAUCGACGAAGCCAUUCAGAAAGGCGAGACGCUCGGAAAGCUCGUUUUGCUGGACCAGACUCGCUACGAUAUCUCGGAAACCGUCACUGUACUCGGAUGCACCCUUUUCUCGCGGAUCGCUGGGGACCAGAUGGACCACGUUAAUUUCGGCCUCAACGACUUCUACCUCAUCGGCGACUGGUCAGUCGAAGCCCAUAACGAUGCGCACCUGGCCGACCUCACCUGGUUGAAUGAACAGGUUGCUUCGAUCUCUACCUCCGAGCCGAACCGGAAGAUCGUUGUUUUCACCCACUACUGCCCCGUGGUAUGCGACAAAGUCAUCGACCCCAAAUUCGCAGGUAGCAAGAUCUCGUCGGGAUUUAUGACCAACCUCGCGUGCCAGAAAUGCUGGGAAAGCGAGGCGGUUAAGAUUUGGGCGUUCGGACACACUCACUGGAACUGCGAGUUCACCGACAUGGCUACUGGCAAAACCGUCAUGGCGAACCAGCGUGGCUACUAUUUUGCGCAGUCUGCCGGGUUCGAUGAGCACAAAGUGGUUGAAAUUCAGGAUUGUUGA